CUUUUCCUCUUGAAGCAGUAGCCAUGUCAAUCCUCAAUGAUCUCAUCAACCUCAAUCUCACCGACACCACCAACAAGAUCAUAGCUGAAUAUAUAUGGAUCGGUGGAUCGGGAAUGGAUUUAAGGAGCAAAGCAAGGACUAUGCCUGGACCGGUGACGGAUCAUUCGGAACUCCCGCUCUGGAAUUAUGACGGUUCCAGUACGAACCAGGCACCCGGAGAUGAUAGUGAAGUUAUUUUACGCCCUCAAGCGAUAUUCAAGGAUCCAUUCAGAAGAGGAAACAAUAUCUUGGUGAUGUGUGAUACUUACACUCCAGCUGGCUAUCCCAUCCCUACCAACAAGAGAUUCAAUGCGGCUAAAAUCUUUACUCACCCCGACGUUGUUGCCGAGGUACCUUGGUUUGGAAUAGAACAAGAGUACACUCUCCUUCAAAAAGAUGUUCGGUGUCCUCUUGGCUGGCCUGUUGGAGGGUUUCCCGGUCCACAGGGUCCUUACUACUGUGGAGUAGGGGCCGACAAGUCCUUCGGCCGGGACAUCGUGGAUGCCCAUUACAAAGCGUGUCUUUAUGCCGGGAUUAAUAUUAGCGGAAUCAACGGCGAGGUUAUGCCUGCUCAGUGGGAGUUCCAAGUUGGUCCAGCCACAGGAAUAUCAGCAGGGGAUCAAGUAUGGGUUGCUAGGUACAUACUCGAGCGAAUCACUGAAAUCGCCGGCGUUGUUCUUUCUUUCGAUCCGAAACCUAUCCCGGGUGACUGGAAUGGUGCUGGUGCUCAUACCAACUACAGCACAAAGUCUAUGAGAAGUGAUGGCGGCAUUCAUGAGAUAAAGAAGGCAAUCGAGAAAUUGGGAUAUCGCCACAAGGACCACAUUGCUGCCUAUGGAGAGGGUAAUGAGAGACGCCUCACUGGUCGUCACGAGACUGCAGAUAUCCAUAAAUUCUCAUGGGGAGUAGCAAACAGGGGAGCCUCCAUCCGAGUUGGCCGUGACACGGAGAAAGAAGGAAAAGGUUACUUUGAAGACAGAAGGCCAGCAUCCAACAUGGAUCCUUACGUUGUGACAUCAAUGAUUGCUGAAACCACCAUUCUCUGGAAGCCUUAGAACUGGGAAUUGGAGCUUUGGUUGGAAGAUAAGAUAUGGGAUUUGAUCAUAUAAUAACCUUCUCAUCUUCUUCAAUGGAUAAGUU